CCUUUAACAACCAAUUAGAAGAUAAACCAUUCACCCAAAGAGGACUCCUUUCUACCCUAAAUAGUUUAUUCGACCCGAUGGGUUUCAUAGCACCCCUAGUCAUCACAGGGAGAAUUUUGGCCAGGAACAUUUGCAGUACAAACGCUGCAUGGGACGAUGACUUACCUGAUACUUACCGGCAGGAGUGGGAGAAUUGGAAACAAUCUCUGCAUGGCCUUAGUCACUUUAGUAUCCCUCGGAUGUUCAUGCUCGAUUCUCUCAGCAAGGCAGACAAACCUGAGAUACAUAUCUAUUCAGAUGCCUCUGAGAAGGCAAUAGCAGCGGUUGCCUUUGUUAAGGAUUCUGAAAGUGGAAAAUAUGGCUUCAUCUUAGGUAAAGCAAAGCUUGCACCUCAACUUGGACACACAAUACCGCGCCUUGAGUUAUGUGCCGCAGUCCUGGCAACAGAGAUAGGAGACAUCAUUGGACAGAACUUAGAUGUUCCAAUGGAGAACAUAAAUUACUUCACAGACAGUAAAGUUGUUUUAGGGUACUUGAACAACAAUACCAGGCGUUUCUAUACCUAUGUAAGCAAUAGAGUCGCAAUCAUUCAUGGGCGCUCUCAGCCCCAACAGUGGAAGUACAUCUCAACUUCUCGGAACCCUGCUGAUGUUGGGACAAGAGGCGUCUCCUGCGUUAAGGAACUAGCGGAAGGUAUUUGGAUUCGAGGACCUCCUCUUAGCGAAAAUGAUGACGACCAUCAAUGCGCAAGGUCAGAUACUUACCAGCUUUUUGAUCCAGACAACGAUUGUGAAGUAAGACCAUGUGUCAAAACCACAAAGACUUCCACAGAGGAGUUACCAAGUCAGAUAUUAUCUAAGUUUGAAAAAUUCUCCAGCUGGCAGAGGUUAGUAAUUGCUGUCACUGUGUUAAAGAGAGCAGGAAGGAUCUUCAAGGAGAAAAUCAGACUUUCCUCAAAGAAAAUGUGGGAGCAAUCGAGAGAUUUUAUCAUUACAGUGGUUCAGAGAGAUGCAUACUCAAUGGAAAUGCAGUGUCUACAACAUCACAGACCACUACCCAAAGGAAGUCCUCUUAUGCACCUUAACCCAUAUCUGGAUAAUUCUGGGUUAUUGCGAGUCGGUGGACGACUCAACCAAAGCGACCUUCCAGAGGGAACGAAAAAUCCAGUUCUACUCCCAAAGAAAUCCUUUUUGUCAAGGCUUCUGGUCUCACAUUAUCACGAAGAGGUUAAACACCAGGGGAGGCUGUUCACAGAGGCAGCCAUUAGAAGUAAUGGCUACUGGAUCACGGGAGCCAAACGACUGGUUUCCUCAGUCAUCAACCACUGCAUUACAUGCAGACGACUGCGUGGAAAAUUCCAAGAACAGAUAAUGAGCAACCUUCCUCUGGAACGCACUUCCACGGGACCACCAUUUUCCAUUGUCGGUGUUGAUACAUUCGGACCAUGGGAGGUAGUAGCUCGUAAGACGAGAGGUGGUCUUGCUCAUAGUAAAAGAUGGGCCAUCCUGUUCACCUGCAUGGCUAUACGAGCAGUGCACAUUGAGCUCGUAGAGGAGAUAACCAGCUCCGCCUUUAUAAACGCUUUACGCCGUUUUGUGUGUAUACGAGGAUCUGUAAAGGAAUUCUGUUCCGACCGUGGAACUAACUUUGUUGGAGCUUUAGACGCUCUGAGAGUGGAUGGUGUGUUUGUAGAACAAGGACCAGUACAGGAUUUUCUUCAUAAGUCAGGAAUAAUCUGGAAGUUCAACCCUCCUCAUGCUUCACAUAUAGGGGGUUCUUGGGAAAGGAUGAUAGGUAUGGCCCGCAAGAUCCUGGACACAAUGCUUUUUCAACACAAGGGCCAACUUACCCAUGAAAUCCUUCACACAUUCAUGUACGAAGUGUCAGCCAUAAUAAACUCUCGGCCAGUGACUCCAAUUUCAACUGAUCCCGACAAUCCAAUCAUCAUCAGUCCAGUCAUGCUGCUGACUCAAAAAACCGGUUUGACCCUGUACCUGAUUUGGACGAUGACGUAAAGAACCUUUACAAGACAGGGUGGAAACGUGUUUGUAUGUUGUCCAACAUGUUCUGGAAACGAUGGAAGGGAGAAUACCUGAGUGGUCUCCAAACUCGCAGAAAGUGGAACCAACAACGAGAAAAUUUGAAACCAGGAGAUGUAGUUCUAGUACGUGAUUCCACAACUUGUCGAAAUCAGUGGCCCUUGGCUCUAAUCCUUCAGGUCUUUCCUUCCAAGGGUGAUGGUAAUGUUCGCACAGUGGAAAUUCGCAUGUCCAAGGAUGGGAAACCGACAACUCUAGUACGUCCUAUAUCCGAACUCAUUAGCUUAGUGAAUUGACUGUGUAUCUAGUCUACAACUUACAAUUCUAGUCAGUUGUCAUUUACUAUUUUUUACAUUUUGUUCCUAGUCUAGAGAUGAUAGUGUAUUUGUAUUCUAGUCAUUUCAUUGUUAGUAUGUAAUCUGGUUGUUUUGUCAAACUGGAAUGAGUCGCGCGUGCAAGUUGUCUGUAUAUGACCUUUUACACUAGUUCUGUGUGAUUGCACAAUGACUGAUUUACUUGUGAAUUUGUGUGAAAAUGGAGAUAUUUUACAAUAUCUGGCGAGGAGUGUAGUGGAACGAGUUAUCUAUUUUUGUAAUUCUACAUCCUGAGUUAGAGUUAUCGUUCGUUGUGUGGAAAUGGCGCAAAGAAUGCACGCUUGUUUUUGUUCCAACAUGUGAUUGAGCACACUGCGUCGGAGAAAGUUGGUCAAGCACCUUGUUUUCUUACGGCGAUCUUAUUGAUGAAAAUAAAGUCCGUUAACUAGCUGCCGAGUUUUGUGGUCAUUACGGGGGCAGUACAAUCA